AUGCUUUGAUUGACUAAAUAUACAGUACUUUACAAUCAAUACAAUAGUGUUUGCAAUGACUAUAUAUUAGCACUACUUUUGUCAACACAUGAAGUAAUAUAUUAUUGAAGAGACGAUGUCUUCAUUAAGAAGAUUAUAUAACAAUUCAAUCACAAGACAUGUGUUAUGGCGAACGCACAGCUGUUCCGUGUCUUCGGUCAACAAAUUGUUGUUUCGUCACAAAAGUAAUGAUAAAACAGAUUUUGAGUCCAUUGUUAUACCGCUUUCUGUCCGAAGAACACAAAAUCCCGACGAUAUCAAUGUCGGCGAAGAGUUGUCGGGAAAUAAGCUUAAGAAGAAUGACUUAAUUAUGAUCUUAAAUAAGUUUAUUCAAAGGCCUGUCAUUCGUAAACUGAGUGAAGAAAAUGGUUUGAAUUCAAAACUUUUAAACGAAGCGUUCAUUAGUUUCCGCAAACAUUGUGUUGAAUCACAAACACUAUCUCCAGAACUUCAUCUGGUUUUAAGUGAUAUUUUACAAAAAGUAUCAAAUGUUGAUGACUUGUUCCCAUAUUUCAUAAAACAUGCAAAAAUAAUGUUUCCACAUCUCGACUGUAUUGAAGAGUUAAAGAAAAUAAGUGAUUUAAGACUUCCUCCCAAUUGGUAUAGUGAGGCCCGGAGUAUGACUCGUAAAGUUAUAUUUCAUUGCGGACCUACUAAUAGUGGUAAAACAUAUCACGCACUUCAGAGGUUUAUGACAUCAAAGUCUGGUGUUUAUUGCGGUCCACUAAAGUUAUUGGCCGUAGAAGUGCAUCAAAAAACUAAUAAUUACGGAACUGAUUGUGAUCUCGUGACCGGAGAAGAGAGGCGUUAUGCUAAAGAAGAUAAUAUGCCUUCAAAUCAUAUCGCCUGUACAGUAGAGAUGUCUUCAAUUAAUGAUAAAGUAGAAGUUGCGGUCAUCGAUGAAAUUCAAAUGAUAAGAGAUGUUGGCCGAGGCUGGGCCUGGACUCGGGCUCUUCUGGGAAUACCAGCAGAAGAAAUACAUCUAUGUGGAGAAGAGGCAGCUUUGGAUUUAUUAAAAACUAUUAUGGAAUCGACUGGUGAAGACCUGGAAGUACGUCGAUAUAAACGUUUGACACCAAUUACUAUUGAAGAUAAAGCACUUCAAACAUUAGAUAAUAUAAAAGCCGGCGAUUGUAUUGUCUGUUUCAAUAAGAAAGAUAUUUUUUCUGUAAGUCUUGAAUUAGAAAAGAGAGGCCACGAAGUAGCAGUAAUAUAUGGAACUCUUCCACCGGCAACCAAAUUAUCUCAAACGAGUAAAUUCAAUGAUCCAAACGAUCCGUGCAAAGUACUCGUGGCGACCGAUGCUAUAGGAAUGGGUCUCAAUCUAAGCUUAAGACGAGUUAUAUUUUACUCUUUAAUAAAACCCACACUCAAUGAAAAAGGAGAAAAAGAAAUGGAUUUGAUUUCAACCUCACAGGCGCUACAAAUUGCUGGUCGCGCCGGUAGAUAUGGCACACAGUUCUCACAUGGAUUUGUCACUACAUUUCGAAGUGAAGACUUGCCUCUACUUAAAGAACUAUUAUCUAGAGUUGUCGAACCAAUUGAAUCGGCUGGUCUGCACCCGACUGCUGACCAAAUAGAGUUGUUUGCUUAUCAUUUGCCAAACGCCAGUCUCUCUAAUCUGAUCGACAUAUUUGUCAGUUUAUCACAAGUUGACGAAACAAAUUAUUUUAUGUGUGAUAUCGAAAAUUUCAAAUUCUUAGCCGAUAUGAUACAACACAUACCACUUCCACUUAGGGCUCGGUAUGUGUUUUGUUGUGCUCCGAUAAACACUCGGUUUGCAUUCGUGUGUACGAUGUUUCUGAAGUACGCCCGACAGUACUCGACUAACCAACCGAUGACAUUGGACUGGUUGUGCCGACAAAUAGGAUGGCCUAUCUCUACACCAAAGAAUAUCAUAGAAUUGGCUCAUUUGGAGUCUGUCUUUGAUGUUUUGGAUCUCUAUCUGUGGCUUAGCUAUAGAUUUACUGAUCUAUUUCCCGACGCAGAGCUGGUCCGCGAUAUGCAGAAAGAGUUGGAUUACAUUAUAUUACAGGGAGUUAUCAGUAUAACUAAACUUUUGAGAGCUUCAGAAACACACAAUUCCUACUCUUUGGCCAACACUUCCGAUAAUGAAUUGAUCACAAAAUAUAAAAACAGAAAAAAUGUUAUCAAUAAUACAAUAUUUGAUACCAAUUAUGACGAAGAUAUCAAUGAUUUAAAUAAAUUGACCGAAAAUAAGCCAAAUAUCAGUGACAUUGUCUUUAAUGAUAAGUCAAACAAACAGAUCUCGAAACAGUCUUUAGGUAAACAAUUAGUUAAAAAAGGUCUCAUCACUAAUGAAAUGCUGAAUCGACUACAAGAGGAAUGGUCUGAAAGCCUCAACGAUAAUAACAAUUCAAACAAU